AUGUUUGGGAUUCAAGAUACUUUAGGAAGAGGACCAGCUCUAAAAGAGAAAUCGCUGGGCGCCGAGAUGGAUUCAGUCCGGUCCUGGGUCCGGAAUGUCGGCGUGGUGGACGCCAAUGUCGCGGCGCAGAGCGGGGUAGCCCUGUCCCGGGCCCACUUUGAGAAGCAGCCUCCUUCCAACUUGAGAAAGUCCAACUUCUUUCAUUUCGUCCUGGCGCUCUACGACAGGCAGGGGCAGCCGGUGGAGAUCGAGCGCACAGCCUUCGUGGACUUUGUGGAGAACGACAAAGAACAAGGCAACGAAAAGACCAACAACGGCACCCACUACAAGUUACAGCUCCUCUACAGCAACGGCGUUCGCACGGAGCAGGACCUCUACGUCAGGCUUAUCGACUCGGUCACCAAGCAGCCCAUAGCUUACGAGGGACAGAAUAAGAAUCCGGAAAUGUGCCGAGUUCUCCUGACCCACGAAGUGAUGUGCAGUCGGUGUUGUGAAAAGAAAAGCUGUGGAAACAGAAAUGAGACUCCUUCAGACCCUGUCAUCAUCGACAGAUUCUUUUUAAAAUUUUUCCUCAAGUGCAAUCAGAAUUGUUUGAAAACAGCAGGAAACCCAAGGGAUAUGAGACGGUUUCAGGUUGUGUUGUCAACAACGGUGAAUGUGGAUGGACAUGUGCUGGCUGUUUCUGACAACAUGUUUGUUCAUAACAACUCCAAGCACGGACGGAGAGCAAGAAGACUUGACCCAUCAGAAGGUAGGGCUGUCUGGCUGAGAAUGGCCAACCAGCAAACUACCCCCUGCAUCAAAGCCAUUAGCCCAAGCGAAGGCUGGACCACAGGAGGAGCUAUGGUCAUCAUCAUCGGGGACAACUUCUUUGAUGGCCUCCAAGUGGUGUUUGGGACCAUGCUUGUAUGGAGUGAGCUAAUAACCCCACAUGCCAUCAGAGUGCAGACUCCUCCUCGGCAUAUCCCUGGAGUAGUGGAAGUGACAUUAUCUUAUAAAUCCAAGCAGUUCUGCAAAGGAGCCCCAGGAAGGUUCAUUUACACAGCAUUAAAUGAACCCACCAUAGACUAUGGCUUCCAGAGACUGCAGAAAGUCAUCCCGCGGCAUCCUGGUGAUCCUGAGAGAUUGGCUAAGGAAAUGCUGUUGAAAAGAGCAGCAGAUCUAGUGGAAGCCCUCUAUGGCACCCCACACAAUAACCAGGACAUCAUCCUGAAGCGUGCUGCAGACAUUGCCGAAGCCCUGUACAGUGUCCCCAGGAAUCCCAGCCAGAUCCCAGCUCUCUCUAGCUCCCCGGCUCACAGCGGCAUGAUGGGAAUCAAUUCCUAUGGCAGCCAGCUUGGCGUCAGCAUUUCAGAGUCAACACAAGGGAAUAAUCAAGGAUACAUCCGCAACACGAGCAGCAUCUCUCCACGGGGAUACUCUUCCAGCUCUACGCCUCAGCAGUCUAAUUACAGCACCUCCAGCAACAGUAUGAACGGCUACAGCAAUGUCCCCAUGGCCAACCUGGGUGUCCCAGGAUCACCCGGCUUUCUAAAUGGCUCACCUACCGGCUCCCCAUAUGGAAUUAUGUCAUCGAGUCCCACCGUUGGAUCUUCCAGUACGUCCUCCAUCCUCCCGUUUUCCUCUUCGGUAUUUCCUGCUGUCAAGCAGAAGAGUGCCUUUGCCCCUGUCAUCAGGCCCCAAGGCUCGCCCUCACCCGCCUGCUCCAGUGGCAAUGGAAACGGAUUCAGAGCCAUGACCGGACUUGUUGUACCCCCAAUGUAA